AUGGCGCGCGUCGUGCACACGGAACCCUACGCGUUUCUCCCGCAGACGCUCGAGCGCGGCGCGGUCGUCGCGUCCGCGCCGCUGCUCGCGUCGCUGACGCGCGCGGACAAGCCGUUCGCGCAGCACGCGGCGUAUCGCGACUUGUGCGACGUCGCGGAGACGGGCGGCGGCGGUCGCCGGCGGCUGCUGCUCGGGGACGACGGAUCAGGCGGCGGCGAGUACGAGUACGAUGGAAGAUACGAGUCGUCGCGGCGCGGGCGUAUCGCCGCCGGCGCGGAGGACGGCGCGUACGCUCCCGCGCUCGCGGCGGCGCUCGCGCCGGUGCUGAGCGUCGUCGCGGCGAUCCGCGCGGCGUUGGACGCGGCGGAGAAGGCGUCGGAGGGGUCGCAUUCGACGGGUCGUCUUCGCGCGGGGGGUGGCGGACUCGGGAGCGGCGGCGUCGGCCUCGGCGGCGUCGGCGGCGGGUUCUUCCUGCCAUCCGAUCGUCGACGCGACGCCGGGAGGAACGCGGGGGUUCGGCUGCGAACGGGCGGCCCCGCGGGCGUGAGGGUGCGCGAGAACGGCGGCGGCGGCGGCGGAGGAGGAGGUGGUCUCGGCGACGCGCGGCGCGACGGAGGGAAGGGGUCGUCGUCGUCUUAUUCUUCUUCUUCUUCUUCUCCGAGGACGAUGGAGACGCGGGCGAUGGCGAGGUCUUCUCAUCAGGGCCAGAAAACGUCUUCGCGCGAGCCGUUUCGAGAUGUCGGCGUCGGCGCGGGCGACCGCGCCAACGCGGCGGCGUGGAGCAUGCUCGCGGACGACUGGGGGAUGCCGAUGGACGCCGUCGCGCCGCUUCCGAAACCGUCGCCGGCGCCGCUCGCCGGCGACGUCGCCGGCAUCGACGGCGGCCCGGGAUGGGGGUUCUUCGGGAUGAACGGCUCCCACGGGAUGAACGGCGACGGCCGCGCGCGCGCGAACGCCGGCGACGACGUCGGCUUUCUGAACAAUUUCUUCGCCCGGAACGACGACGCGUCUGCGGCGCUUCGUCGACAGAUGGACUCCGUCGGCGUCGCGUGCGCGGACGCGCGCGCGUCGCUCGCGGCGCACGGGCAGCUCGCGGCGUGGGGCGCGCGCGCGGCCGCCGCGCUCGCGUGCUCCCCGGAAGGCAUGGAGAUCGAGCGCGCGGCGUCGUCGGCGGCGGCGGGACGUCGAAGGAUGCCAGACGCGGGCGCGGCGUUCCGCGUCCUCCUCGCGGCGACGCACGCGUGCAAGGAGUGCGCGCGCGCGGGCACGAGCGUCGCGCCGGGCGUCGGCGCGAGGGCGACGUCGAAGCCUCCGCGCGUCCCGGGGUUGAGAGAUGCCGCGCGCGCGGCGGCGGCGCUCGCGGACGUGUUUCAGACGACGCUCUUCGCAUUCGUCGACGCGUACGGCGCGGAUCGCGCGCGCGAGAUGUUGAACCCGCCGUUUAGGUGCGUUCUAUACACUGGUCCCCAUACGACCGCGUCGGCGUGGUGA